CAGCAGAUCUGCGCAUGUCCAGCAGAGGGUGAACGCGCUCCUGCUUCAGCUCUGUCUGUCAGACGAAGAAGAAACAUCACAUGUGAAGUUUCGAGAGUGAAGACAGCACGCUUUAUUUUGAGUUAAACCGGCACACAGUGAGCAUCUUCCCGCGGAGCAGCAGGAUGAGUGUGUCCAUGCCGCAGAAGCGCUAUUACCGGCAGAGAGCGCACUCCAACCCCAUGGCCGACCACAGCUUCCAGUACCCGGUGUGCCCUGAGCAGAUGGACUGGUCUCAGCUGUACCCGGAGUAUUUCCGGCCGCUGGGCGGAAGCGGGAAACCGGACAAACACAACGCGCAGGUGGAGUUCGCUGACAUCGGCUGCGGAUACGGAGGACUUCUGGUUGAGUUGUCGAAGCUGUUCCCCGAGCAGCUGAUCCUGGGUCUGGAGAUCCGGGUGAAGGUCUCAGACUAUGUCCAGGACCGCAUUCGCUCUCUGCGAACGGCUGAGCCGGGCAGCUACCAGAACAUCGCCUGCCUGCGCAGCAACGCCAUGAAGUACCUGCCCAACUUCUUCACCAAGGGACAGGUCGGGGAUGGCAUUUUAUUGCUUGUAGUGUUUAUUAGCUACUGUGUGAUGUUUGUAAGAGACCUGCUGUGGAGCUUAGAAUGAGAGGUUUCCCUUCUU